AUGUUUAAGCCAUCUGCCGUACGACCGCUUUGCGCAUUCCGCCACGUCGCCCCCGUCGUCCGUCGGCAACCGUUUGCGCGCCAUGCUUCGACCGUAAACGUACAGCCUGUGCGCUUCAAGCGCCGCUUCUUCACGUGGAAGCGCCUACUUGCUGGAACCAUUUACACGGGCGCUGCCUUCACCUGGAUACACUUCGUCUUGGGACCUACAAUCGAGAUUGUGGACGAAGAGGAAGGAGAGGACGACGAGGAGGGCGAUUGGGAAGAAGAUGAAGAAUGGGAAGACGAUGCUCUGUUCAUUCCCCUAGGCUGGGCGAAGCCGGUACCGCGUAGAUUUUACAGGGGCUCUGAUCCAGAAUGGCAGGAGUUCAAGAAAGUGGCCGCCGACCAGAAGCGGCACGAGCAGAUACGCCAUAAGCUCGUAAGUCUAGUACGCAAUCACAUUGCACGCGAUCCGGCUGCGAAGCGUCUUGGCCAUGUGGACGUUACAAGGGGUCGGUAUUGGCUCGAUAUUGUCUUCCCAGACGGACCUCCUCAGGAAUAUGAACGUGCAGGAAUUGAGAUCGCCGACGACUACAUUGCCUGGACACGACGUCCUGUAGAUCAAAUCAACUACCAGAGGUUGAAACGUGCACUCUGGCCGGUAGCCGUCGCCUCUGGAGCACUGGCUAGCACCCAGUACCUCUUCCACGUACAGAUGAACAAGUUUCGAGAGUGGGUUGGCCUGCGCCCAAAGGUCAACCCCACCAUCGAUUUCCUAGAACGACAUCUGGCGGCCAUGCAGCGAGCGAAUCAAGAAGGUUCUAACCGCCCGCUCGCACCCCCGAACACCUCCGAGCGGACCGUGGCCAAUGCUGAUCCGAACGCGAAUGCGAACACAGCGGGCAAGACGGCGGCUGCGGAAAAGCACACCAAUCUUCCCGAGUUCGAGCCUGUUCCUCCCCAAUCAAUUGCUUUAACGAUCUUUUCUACGGUACUGCUGAAGAACUGGAAGCGCCCACAGCUCGAGCCUCCGCGUGGUACAAUCCUCGUGACGGGAUUGAUUGAGAUCCGUGGUGACAGGGCCAGGACGGUAUUGGACGUGACCGCUGCAUACGAUCCACUGAUUGAUAAAUACGUUGCUUUGAGAGUAGGCAGCAGGCUCAUACAAGAUAAGCAGCAGAGACCAAGGGGAGGCCGUUGA